GGCUCCCGUCCGGGGCGCCUACUGGGGCGCGCGGCGGCGCGAGUGGCCCGCCUGGGACCCUGCUCCGGUGCGGACAGACCUCGCCCACUCCGGCCCUGAGGGUGGGUGAUUGCGUCAUCAGGAGCAUCCUUCUCCGGCUUCUGACGCGCCGCCCUGACGCCGCAGUCUCGAGGAGGUGGAGGACCUCAUGGAGCCCAGAGGGACCAAGAGAAAAACGGAGAAGACAGAGGUGGCAAAGCCUUGGAACAAACUCCCCCGGGCCGUCCCCUCACUGCGGACACAGCCCUCUCUGUACUCGGGACCCUUCCCGUUCUACCGGCGCCCAUCCGAACUGGGCUGCUUCUCCCUGGACGCACAACGCCAGUACCAUGGAGAUGCCCGAGCCCUCCGCUACUACAGCCCACCCCCCAUCAACGGCCCAGGCCCGGACUUUGACCUCAGGGAUGGAUACCCUGACCGAUACCAGCCCCGGGACGAGGAAGUCCAAGAGAGGUUGGACCAUUUGCUGCGCUGGGUCCUGGAACACCGGAACCAGCUGGAGGGGGGUCCCGGCUGGCUGGCAGGGGCCACGGUGACAUGGCGAGGGCACCUGACAAAAUUGCUGACCACACCGUAUGAGCGGCAGGAGGGCUGGCAACUGGCAGCCUCCCGGUUCCAAGGGACACUGUACCUAAGUGAGGUGGAGACCCCGGCUGCUCGGGCACAGAGGCUUGCACGGCCACCCCUCCUCCGGGAGCUCAUGUACAUGGGCUACAAAUUUGAGCAGUACAUGUGCGCAGACAAACCCGGAGGCUCCCCAGACCCCUCUGGGGAAGUUAACACCAACGUGGCCUACUGCUCUGUGCUACGCAGCCGCCUGGGGAACCACCCUCUCCUGUUCUCCGGGGAGGUCGACUGCCUGGACCCCCAGGCUCCUUGCACACAGCCUCCCUCCUGCUAUGUGGAGCUCAAGACAUCCAAGGAGAUGCACAGCCCUGGCCAGUGGAGGAGCUUUUACAGACACAAGUUGCUGAAAUGGUGGGCUCAGUCGUUCCUCCCGGGGGUUCCACAUGUUGUGGCCGGCUUCCGGAACCCAGAAGGUUUUGUCUGUUCCUUAAAGACCUUUCCUACCAUGGAGAUGUUUGAAAACGUCAGGAAUGACCGAGAAGGCUGGAAUCCCUCUGUGUGCAUGAACUUCUGUGCUGCCUUCCUUAGCUUUGCCCAGAGCACAGUAGUCCAGGACGAUCCCAGGCUCGUCCACCUCUUCUCCUGGGAACCUGGUGGCCCCGUCACUGUGUCUGUCCAUCGUGACGCACCCUAUGCCUUCCUGCCCUCAUGGUAUGUGGAGGCUAUGACCCAAGACCUCCAACCACUCUCAAAGACUCCCUCUCCCAAGGACUGAGGACAAGUCUGGGCCCUGUGCAGAUAAUAAAGGUGUGUUUCUAAGUGGGUCUCUUGCUAUGUCUGAAUGGAGUCACCUCUACUCCGAGUCACCAUACUCCACACUCUCUGGGUUGCUCUUUAUUUAUA